GAGCUGGGUCGUAUUGCCGGCGUAAUUCUCGGCGAAACAGGCGAACGAGAAUCAAGGCCAUGUUUUGGCGGGAGAGGGGAAGCCACGAACACAACACCAUGAAUGACCGCUGAGAAUGGGAUAGCCGAGUACCCCGAUGGCCUAGAUAGGAUAGGCAGAUGGGAAGAAAGCCGAUCAGCCAGUCAAUCCGCUCCAAAUUCGAGUCACGGCGCAGGAAAACUGCGCAGAAACAAAGUCUCUCGGGCGAGAUAACGCAUGAUGCCUCCGCUACGGCCGGUCAGGCGGUGAUAACCGCACUGCUCACUGGUCACACUGAGUGUAUCACCGCUUCUCGCACGACUGACCGGUUGUUGCGCAAUCCAAUGUGGCCAGCCCCACCCGGAUUCGCUCCUGGAGCAUCCUGGGCCGCUUUCCGUCGGCAGUCACAUUCUGUCGUCUUGGCUGGGAAUGAAGGAGGGCCGCAAGGCGUAGAGGAGUCGGGGGGAAGGUCACCGUCAAGUAGGGAGCAACAUUGAGCUUCUGUCUGGUUAAUUGACGGGACUGUGUCUUCCAGUUUGGUCCAAAGAGGGAGGACAAAACCAGCGUUGCUGGUGAUGGAGGAAGAGAGCGACCUUAUAUUCAAAUGCGCAGAUGACGGGAUUGGGUGGUCUUGGCGCAAUUGCGUGAU